UCUAAGCACUGAACAACAUGUUUUUGUCAUACAGAAUAAUCUAACCUGAGAAUCCCAGAGGAAGAGGAAAGAAAGAAGGAAUGGCUCUUUCCGAGGGGCAGUUGACCUUCAGGGAUGUGGCCAUAGAAUUCUCUCGGGAGGAGUGGGAAUGCCUGGACCCUGCUCAGAGGGCCUUGUACAGGGACGUAACGUUGGAGAACUAUAGGAACCUGCUCUCCCUGGGUGAGGAUAACUUCCCUUCUGAAGUUGGAAACCUUUCUGCUGGAUUUGCAAUAAAGGAAUUAUCACCAAGAGAGGACAUUGAUUAAGGAGAAUUCUACCAUUUAUUGAUAUUGGAAAGCAAUGGAAGGCAUAGCAUCAACAAUUUUGACCUCAAGGAAGUCUGGGAAAACGUGCAUGAGCAUCAGAAUGAACGGGGAUAUGAUACAAGAAAUUACAAAGGAGUGCCUUUGACUCAUAACAAAAAUCCAACUUGUAGAAUAGAUUGGCAACACCAUAAAUCCUCAAUUAAUUUUCUACAAAAACAGAGUGUUUCUGUAAAAGAUAAUACAUACCAAUAUUUCAUGCAUGAUGAACAAUUUAUAAGGAAUUUGUUAAAACUGAAAAAUCACAUAAGCAAUGCUGGAAACAAGUAUAUAAAGUGUUUGGAAACUAUAACUGAAUUAAGUUGGCAGGCACACCUGGCUGAACUGCAGAGAUUUCAAACUGAGGAGAAAAUUGGUGAAUGCAGAGAAGUUGAAAAGUCUGUCAACAAUGGUUCCUCACUUUCACCACUUCAAAGAAUUCUUCCUAGUGUCGAAAACAUUUGUAAUAAAUAUAGUAAGGUUUUUAAAUAUCCUUUUUUACCUGCACAGUAUGGGAGAACACACAUUAGAGAAAAAUCUUACAAAUAUAAUGAGGGUGGGAAGCCUUUUAGCAAACAAUUGAACCUCGUGAGUCAUGAGAGAAUUCCUUCUGGACCGAGACCUUACAAAGGUAAUGAGUGUGACAAAGCUUUUAAUCAGUGCUUGAAACUUAGUACACCUCAGCAAGUCCAUACAGGAGAGAAACCAUAUAAAUGUAAUGAAUGCGGUAAGGUCUUUAGUCAAAAGUCAUGCCUUGUAGUUCACCAGAGAAUUCAUACUGGUGAGAAACUUUACAAAUGUAAUGAAUGUGGCAAAGCCUUUUCUUGGCAUUCAAGCCUUAUUUGGCAUAAAAGAAUACAUACUGGAGGGAAACCAUACAAAUGUAAUGAGUGUAUCAAAGCCAUUACAGAGGGUUCAUAUCUUACUCAACGUCAGAAAAUCCAUACUGGAGAGAAACCUUACAAAUGUAAUGUGUGUAGCAAAGCCUUUAGAAUGUGUUUGUAUCUUACUCGACAAAAGAAAAUUCAUACUGGAGAGAAACCUUAGAAAUGUAAUGAAUGUGCCAAGGUCUUCAGUCAAAAGUCAUGCCUUCUAAUUCACCAGAGAAUUCAUACUGGUGAGAAACCUUACAAAUGUAAUGAAUGUGCCAAAGCCUUUGCUGGACAUUCAAGCUUAACUCAGCAUGAAAGAAUGCAUACUAGAGGGAAACCAUACAAAUGUAAUGAGUGUGGCAAAGCCUUUACAGAGAGUUCAUAUCUUACUCGACAUCAGCAAGUCCAUACUGGAGAGAAACCUUAUGAAUGUAACGUGUGUGGCAGAGCUUUUGCCCAGUUUUCAAGCUUUACUAGGCAUCAGAAAAUACAUACUGAAAAGAAACAUUAUAAACUUAAUGUAAGUGGCAGUGUGUUUAUUCAAAGGUCAAGCUCUGAGGAUCAUCAGAAAAUUCAUGGCAGAAUAAAACCUUAAAAAUAUG